CGGUUAUAAUUCCGUAUUUGGAACUGACUGGUUUUGCAAAUGUAGCCAAGAUAGUAAAUUUAAAAGUAGAUUCUAAACUAAUUGUUGCAUUGUUAGAGAGAUGGAGACCUGAGACACAUACAUUUUAUUUACCAAAUGGUGAAUGUACUAUCACACUGGAGGAUGUGAGUAUGUUACUCGGUCUCCGAAUUAAUGGUAAAGUUGUUAAUGACCUAACAAAUGUAACCAAUGAUGUUUACAUGGAGAAUUUGGGCGUCGAACCAACCGCUUCAGAUAAAAAUGGGGCUUCUAUCAAAAUUGUUUGGUUAAAAGCUCUAUUAACACAGCUAAAAAUUAACUCUAACCCGACAGAGGCGAAAAAUAUUCUCAAUUCAAAAGUUUAUAUUUUACUAUUAAUUGUUACUUUUUUAAUGUCAGAUAAGAGUCACAAUUUAUUGCAUUCUUCUUGGUUACCUUUAGUAGGAAACCUAGAAAAAUGUAACACAUACAGUUGGGGUUCCGCUUGUCUGACAACACUAUAUAGACAUAUGUUCAAGGCCACCCAUAAAGGAGUCAAGAGAAUAAGAGGCUGUAGUGUAUUACUAAGUGUAUGGGCAUUCACACGCAUAUCCUUGUUUGCCCUAGUUAGUAACGAGGUUCCAUCACAUCCGUAUGCAUUAAGAUGGUGCAAACGAGGUAUGCAUUACGAAAAUAAUUCUCGUCAUCAUCUACGGGAGUACCGUGUUGCAAUUGAACACAUGGAAGAAAACGAUUUUAUAUGGAGGCCGUACAUAUAAUAUUUAGUGCAUGAUUAUAGUGACAGCCGAGUUUGGAGUGCAACGACAUAUAUAUUAUGUUUCUUUACCGUUGAGAUGCAUCAGGUCAAACUCCAAUUUGGAUUUGAAUAACAAAUCCCGUCUCAACCAAGAUGUCUAAGUGAACACCAUAAUUUGACUAUGGUCCAAGCUUGGGAUAAACAUUGACAAGAUUUAAACAAAGAAGAGCUAAAAGAAUGGAAAAUGGAAGGCAUUUGGUGUUACAAGGUAACUCGGUUAUUGGUGAGUCUAAGCCAGGUAGAGAAUACAUGAAUUGGUUUUUGUCAAUUCCUUUUACGCACGUUGCUCCAACACAAUUUUUGACUGAUCCUCGUCGUGUAGCUUCUUCAACCCAACAAACAACAUCACCCUUACAUCAAGACAUUCCCCCGCAUACACAUCCAAAUUUGGGGUCCAACCAUCAUCAUCAGCUCAACAAACUUACCAACACUCCCUACCAUCCAACAACACACCAUUUAUUCCACCUCAACCCAACACCAUAAUCCCCACACUUUAUUCCCACAAACAAACUACUUUUACAACCAACAAUAUCAACAACAAACCAACCUACGUCCACCCAUACAAUACUCUCCAAUUCUUUAACCCAACUUUGAUAACUCAAACCCUCAUUCUCAACCCCAAACAUUUAACACCACAUUCGCACAACCCACUCCUACAUACAACCCUGAUGAUGUCUACUAUCCCCAUAUCCAACACACUCAAUCCAACACCUACACACAACCCACACAUUCACUACCCGACUUUGACCUCACCGAUGACCGUCUACUGAAUAUGCCUUCUUUUUCCAUUCAAGAACUCGACGGUAUUGAUAUGCCUCCAAACACAUCACAACAACAUCAAAGUCAACAUGAAGAUCUGUCUUCCGACUCAUCUCCGUCUCUCGCAAGACAAAGACAAGAAGACUUGGGCAAGGGAAAACGCAAAAAAGUUGGCACAAGAUGUGGAACAGGCGGUCACUAUAAAUAAAAUGUAUUUCUUCCAUUAUAUCAAUAAAGUUAUUAUUACUCAUUACAAUUCA